AAAAAAACUAGAGAUAGAGAGAGAGAGAAGCGAAGCAGCAAGGAAACAACAGUCUUCUUCAAUGUCGGUUUUCAACUCUAAAAACAACGAAUCAACGAUGGAAGAUGACGCAAAAGAUGAAUCCACGGUGGCUGGGAACUGCCCCACUGCACCGCCUUCUCUCCCCCCCCCCCAGAUAUUUUCUUACAUAUCUCACUAACAGUUUGUCGGUUACAUCCUCCCCUAAACCUUUAUAAACCCCAUCAUCUUCCCCUUAAUCCAUUUUCUUUAAGUAAACUCCUUUGAUUACCACACCCACUCCCAUAAAUUACUUCUCUUCUCUAUAUUUUUUUUAUUUUCAAAUGAGCCCAGAGAAGGAUGGUGUUUCCAUACCCACUCCACUCUCCAUACCCAUUUCGACCCGACCCGAAUCCGUACCUCUCCACGUCGACACAGACGUUGCUUCUCCACUCCCCAUGCCGCUAGACAUCUUGCACGGGAACCCAAUCCCGCCGUUUCUGUCCAAGACCUUCGAUUUGGUGGAUGACCCGAGUCUCGACCCGGUUAUAUCUUGGGGGCCGACCGGAGCGAGCUUCGUCGUCUGGGACCCUGUCGAGUUCGCCAGAAUCAUACUCCCGCGGAAUUUCAAACACAACAAUUUCUCCAGCUUCGUCAGACAGCUUAACACUUAUGGAUUCCGGAAGAUUGAUACCGACAAAUGGGAAUUCGCCAACGAGGCUUUCCUUAGAGGACAGAAGCAUCUUCUCAAGAACAUUCACCGUCGCCGUUCACCACAGUCCAACCAAGCUUGCAGCAGUAGCAUCACCAGCCAUCAAAGCCAAGGGUCACCCACCGAGGUUGGGGAAGAGAUCGAGAUGCUGAGGAAAGAGCGGCGCGCGUUGAUGGAAGAAAUGGUUGAGCUUCAGCAGCAAAACAGAGGCACGGCUCGACACGUGGACACUGUGAACCAGAAGCUGAAAGCUGCUGAGCAGCGGCAGAAGCAGAUGCUCUCUUUCUUGGCUAAGCUGUUUCAGAACCCAGGUUUCUUGGACCGCCUCAAAAGCCUCAAAGGAGAAGGAGGGGGUCUUGGAUUCAAAAAGGCGAGAAAGAAGUUCAUCAAGCACUCUCCAACAGGAGGGGAGAUUGUGAAGUAUGAAGCUGAUGAUUGGGAGAGACUGUUAAUGUCAGAGGAAGAAGACACUGAGAACAUUCUACCCUCAAACCAGGGGAUGACUUCAACCGAUCCAAAAGGGAAGAACCUGAUGAAUCCAUCAGGAGAAGAAACAAUGAAUCAAGAUUACUUCUUACCUUUUCCAACUCCUGAAGGACUUAUCAAACAAGAAGAGACGUGGAGUAUGGGUUUCGACACUACAAUACCGAGUUUCAGCAACGAGGAUGUGUGGGGAAACACAAUGGACUAUAAUGUCGCAGAGUUUGGUUCUGUUCCAGAAACAUCAAGUGGUGGUUGUUUGCCUGAUGUAUGUUGGGAACAGUUUGCUGCAGGGAUGACAGAGACUGGAUUCAACUGGCCACCUGGUGAUGAUACUACUCCAAUGGAUGAUCCUUAAGACCUUUCAUUAUAUAUUUUAUUUAGACCAAUCACCCGUUUAUUAUCGGGUGAAUUAUUAAUUAAUUGAUUGUUUAUUUUGAGAUGCACCUUUAUACAUAUAUAAAUAAUGAUUUUGCACU